UGUGGUUAUAAAAUAUUGUGGUAGUAAUACUAAUAACCAGUGACUAAGCAAAAAUGGUUCAGAUAUCAGUUUCGGUGGUUUCACUCUAUCGCCACCCAGUUCCGAUGGCUCUCCUCGCCGUCACUUCGCGCGCUCCCUUCCUCUUCUCCCCAAACCCUAAAACACUUUCUCUAUCCUCUUUCUACUCCCACCUCUCUCUCUCUCCUCGCUCUCCCAGGUUCCCUUCUCUCCGCUUCCGCUCUGCCACCGGAGACGCCAGCGACGCCGGCAAGCCCGUCGGUAAGAUCUCCGACGAGUGGGGCGAGGACUACGAUCCCGAGGCCGAAGCAUUGACCUCCAAGCUUCCCGACUCGGACCCUCCCAAGGACGAGGACGAGUGGCAGGAAGGAGGGGCGCCCGACGCCGGCGGCUACGUCGACGGCGGGAACGGAACUCCGGUCACCGGAGCUGAGGAUCCGGCGGAGGAGGAGGUGGACGAUAAGUUGGAGGCGCUGAAGCGUGCUUUGGUGGAUACUUUGUAUGGGACCGAGUUAGGGAUUCGGGCCGGGUCGGAGGUUCGAGCUGAGGUAUCCGAAUUGGUGAGUCAGUUGGAAGCGGCGAACCCUACACUCGCCCCCGUGGAGGAACCUGCCCUUCUCAAUGGGAAUUGGGUGUUGCUGUACACUGCAUCUUCUGAACUGUUGCCUCUUCUAGCCGCGGGAAGAUUGCCUUUGUUGAAGGUGGACAAGAUUACACAAACAAUUGAUACUAGUAGCUCCACUAUUAUAAACUCCACAACAUUGUCUAGUCCUUUUGCAUCCUUGUCUUUCAGUGCAUCUGCCUCAUUUGAAGUUCGAACCCCUACGAGAAUUCAGGUUACAUUUAAAGAAGGUUCAAUACAACCUCCAGAGAUAAAGUCUAAUGUUGAACUACCAGAAAAUGUAGACAUUUUUGGCCAAAAGCUUAGCCUACAGCCUCUGCAACAAUCCCUUGGCCCACUUCAGGGUCUGGUGGAAAACAUAUCGCGUGUCAUUUCUGGUCAGCCACCUCUUAAGAUUCCCAUCCCUGGCGAAAGGACAAGCUCCUGGCUUCUUACUACAUAUCUUGAUAAGGACUUGCGAAUAUCAAGGGGGGAUGGUGGUCUUUUCGUUCUUGCCAGAGAAGGGAGUCCACUUCUUGAUCAGUAGGAAAGUAAUCAUACUCCUUUCUUCUUCCCCCAUGUCAUCCCCGUCCCCUGAGAAUAAUGUGAACGGCGUAUUCAAAAUCUCUCCAUUCUUUUUGUUUAUUUUCUUCUUCUCAAGCUAAUGUAUAUUUAAAGGAGUGACGGGUUAUGUUGUCAGGAUGCAAUUCUACAAUCUAUAAAUAAUCAGAUAGAUAAUGUCAAGCCCUUGUUAGCUUUGGCGAAAUAUUGAUUUGGGGAAGGAAUAUGAAAUCGAUUUUCUGAAGUUACUCUUGAGAUUAAUGAUUAUGAGACUGUUCUCAGCAUGGAAACUAGAUAUAAAUGAAAUGCAUAAGGGGUUCUGUUGUUUCUA